AUGGCGGAGUCCACGGGUGGCGGCAACUGGCGGGCACUGUUGGAGGCGGCGUGCGCCGAUGAUAGGCGCGGCGGGGAGCAGGAGGCGGCGCGGAAGCAGCUGCAGGCGCUGGUGCGCGGCGGCCACGUGGCACUGAGCGACGUGGUGGGUGGCAUGGGGCCGCACCUCACCACCGCCGACGGCGCGCUCCGAGCCAGAGGUGCGCUCCCCCGCGGCGCACACCCCGCCUGCGCGGCCUCGUCUUCAUCCACGCACACUCCCUUCCGUCCUCUCUUCCCGCCCGCUCACUGCCCUUCCCCCUCCCCCGCACCACCCUGCGUGACCCCCCUGCUCAUCUUCCUCAUCCGCCUCUGCUAUUCCCCCCCACCCCGUCCUCCCUGCAGGCACGGCGCUGCUAGCGGCGCUGGUGGAGGCCAUGCUCUCAGUGGCGCUGCCACCGCCCACACUCGCCACUCUCGCACGCUACUUCUCUCUCCGCAUGUGCUGCAGAGGGGGGAGGGGGUGGGCGCAGUGGCGGAGGGGGAUGCGGGGAGCAUGGCAGCAGCGGUGGUGGAGGUGCACGUGCAGGCGCUGCCACAGGCUGACCGCAUGCUCGCUCUGCAAGUGUUGCGCGCCCUCCUGGAGCGCCACCUCGCUGUGUCGUCCUCCCAAGCAGACAAGGGCGCGAGCAAGCGAGGUGAAGGGGGAGUGCAGUGGGCGGGGCUAGCGGGGGGAGUGGUGGCGGUGGUGGACGGGGAGAAGGACCCGCGCUGCCUGCUGCAAGCGCUGCGCGUGGUGGCGCUGCUGGUGGGAGCGCUGCACCGGGAGGGCGGUGGUGCUGCUGUGGGCGCCGUGGCUGAUGACCUGUUUGACGUUGUAUCUGCCUACUUUCCGGUUUCCUUCUCCCCCCCGCCCAACGACCCGCGGGGAAUCACACGAGAGGAUCUCGUUGAGGCGCUGCUGGUGAGUCCUUGCUGCACCCUUCAACCCCUCAGCCCUUGCUGUUCCAACACCCCUCUCACCUCCCACUCACCACCCACCACUCCUCGCCUGUCUCUAUUCUGCCGUGCAUGCAUUCCCGUGCAUGCGCUCAUGCACCUCUCCCUCCCGCCCACAUGUCGCACCAUAUGCUGCCCGCUCUCUCCGCGUGCCCCCAUGCAGGGCGCCUUUCAGAGCACCCCACUCUUCGCCCCCAUGGCCAUCCCUCUGCUCCUCGACAAGCUCUCCUCCUCCUUCGCCACUGCCAAGGUCCUCCUUUUGUCUCACCUGACUCUUGCCUCCCGCUUUUACUCUCGUUUUCACAUUGGCCUGCCAUAUGUUUUCAAUUCAGCUGCCACCUGUCUUUCAGUCACCUUCCCCACUCCUUUACCGUGUCCGACCCACUCGUCCCUCUUCCCUCCCCAGCUCGACUCCCUGCGUUUCCUCACUGCCUGUGCCACCGCCUGGGGUCCCAACGUCAUCGCCCCCCACGCACCCGCCAUCUGGCGCGCCCUCAAACCCCUCCUCCCCGCACUGCACGCCCCAGCACCACACAGCACCUCUCCCACGCCCUCGCCCUCGCCUUCUGCACCAUCGGGCAUUGACCCAGAAAUCUCAGAAGCGGCGAUGCAGUGUGUGGUGGCGUGUGUGCGUGCCACUCUACCCCGCAACAGCAGCAGCAGCAGCAGCAGCAGCAAGGGGGGAAGCGCCAUGGGGGGUGAGCCUGUGCUCCCCUCCCUGCUGGCCGUGAUGCUAGAUGAUGAGUGCGCUCUGCAUGUGGGGGGGCUGCUUGCACCUGGGGGACGAGAGGAGGGGGAGAGAAGGGGAGAGGCAAGGGAAGAAGGGAUGGCAGGGGUGGCAGGGAUGGCAGGGAUGGCAGGGAUGGCAGGGGUGGCAGGGAUGGCAGGGGUGGCAGGGAUGGCAGGGGUGGCAGGGAUGGCAGGGGUGGCAGGGAUGGCAGGGGUGGCAGGGAUGGCAGGGGUGGCAGGGAUGGCAGGGGUGGCAGGGAUGGCAGGGGUGGCAGGGAUGGCAGGGGUGGCAGGGAUGGCAGGGGUGGCAGGGAUGGCAGGGGUGGCAGGGAUGGCAGGGAGAGUGAAGACAGCAGGUGAGCUGCUGGCCUCUGUGGCCCGCGUGUCCCCCUCCGCCUCCUCUGCUGUCUCUGCUGCCCUCCUUCCGCCCCUCCUGCGCCUGCUGCUGCCCCCUUCCGCGCAUGGGUGGGUGGAGGGGGGCUCUGAUGCUGGGAGGGUGGAGCGGCAGGGUGGGGAGGGGGAGGAGAGUGAGGUGUGCAGAGCAGUGCAGAGGGAACUGCUGCAGCCACGUGGCAUGAUGGCACUGGAUGUGCUUGUGAGCCUUAUCCGAGCUGCAAGGGACGCAGCACAAGAGGAGUGGGAGCAAGCUGCGGGCGAUUGGAAGCGCGAAGGAGGCAAUGAGGGGGAGAGAGGGAAAGGAGGGGAGGCGAGGAGAGGGGGGGAGAGGAGAGGGACCAUGAGGGCAGGGGCGGCAGGGUGGGGGGAGAGGGCAGAUGUGACAGUGGUGGCGGAGAGGGAGCGACUGCUGCUGCUCUUCCGCUCGGCGCUCGCCCUUGCUGUGGCCGGGGACAGCCGCGGUGCAGGGGGGGGGCAGGGGAGCAGCAGUGGGGCGAGUGAGCAGCGCAGCACGGUCCGGUGUGAGGAAGCAGCAGCGCUUGGAGGUGCGUGGUCUGCUUGCCACGUGCGUGCUGCCACUGCUGCUGCAUCACCGUUUUCCCUGCCUCUCUCUCGCCUGCCUCUUCGCUUGCCCUCUUCUGCACUGCACUCUCUCCCGCUGCUCCCCUUCACCUCCUCUCUCUCACUUCCUCCUUCCCUCCACCCAUUUCACGCUCUCCUCUCACUUCACGUCGCAUUCUUCUUUCUCUUCCUUUAUAACAUCCUCUGUGUUCCCCCCUCUCUUUCCCCUCCUGUUCCUCCCCUCUUCCCAUUCCCCACCAGUGGCUGGGCUGGAGUGCCUGGUGUCCUUCCCCCCGCCCUCCUCUCUCGUGUUGCUGCUCUCUUCACGCACUCACUCAUCCACCUGCCUCUCUCCCCCACACGCCAUGCCACCACCACCGCCCACUCUUCCACCGCCCACUCUUCCACCGCCCACUCCACGGCACCACAGCACCCCAGCAAGACCAGCAGCACUCUCCGCCAUGCCCCCCUCCUACCCACUCCACUACCACCCACCACCUCUCGCGCAUUGCACCCACAGCCAUUCUCCUCGCCACCCACUCCCCCUCCGCCCCCCCUCGCCCGCUGCCUGGUGCGCGCCCUCUCCUGCCUUGCCCACGCCGAGGCUGGGUGGGGGGGUGAGGGCGGCGAGAGGGGCGUGGAAGAAGAAGGGGUGGGAGCAGGAGAGGAGGGUAGUGGUGGUGGAAGCGGUGAGGGUGAUGGGAGUGAGGAGGAGGACGACAGCAUGAGUGUGAGGGAGGUGGUCUUGCCACUGCUGGCAGUAGUAGGGGAGGAGGUGAUGGGAGGACACUUUGUCGGGGCGGAGGAUAGAAGAGGCGGGGAAGCGGAGGCAGGGGCGGAGAGGGAGGGGACGGAAGGGGGGGACGCAGGGCGGGUGAUGGUGUGUGGGGAGGCGCUAGCAGCGGUGGCGGGGGAGGUAGCAGCAGCACGGCACGUGGUGUUGCCUGCCCUCUCUGGCCUCGCCCUCCGCGCCUGCUCCUCCCACCCCAUCGUACCACUCUCCGCCCUACUCCUGCCGCCCCUUGCUAAACCAUCACGCGUGUGA